CGGCCAAGCACACCGAAAUUCCAACGAGAACCCCACGCAUUAUUCCGCGACGCGACCACGGGAAGACACGGGACACGGAAGAGGGGAGAGAGCGAGAGCGAGAUAGAGUUCGAGUUCUACGCCCAAAACCCUAGCAAGCUCCCCCGCCCCGCCCCGCGUCUCCAGUACCUUCCAGAAGCUUCCAACCCCCCACCCCCCACCACCAGGAAGAGCGUGCUUGGAUCGCGCGGGGGAGGCAACGCUGGCGGCGCGCAGGUGAUGGCGGAUCCGCCUGGCGGUGGGGGAUCUAGCGCUUGCGUCUGUGAGCGGAGGGAGGCGGAGGCGGUGGUGGUGGUGGUGGUGCCGGAGCUGGGGAGAAGAGGAGGAGAGCAGCGGAGGGGAGGAUGCUGAGCGUGGUGCGGGUGCACCUGCCCUCGGAGAUCCCGAUCGUGGGCUGCGAGAUCACGCCCUACGUGCUGCUGCGGCUGCCCACCGGCGUCGUCUCCACCGACGAUGUCCCGGAGGCCGCCCCUGCGGAUGGCUACUUCAUGCGGUACAGAUGGUACCGUAUACAAAGUGAUCGAAAAGUCGCAAUCUGCAGUGUACAUCCAAUGGAACAAGCAACAAUUCAGUGCCUUGGUUGCGUCAAGUCAAAAAUACCUGUUGCUAAGAGCUACCAUUGUUCUGCUAAGUGCUUCUCUGAUGCAUGGCAGCACCAUAGGGUCUUGCAUGAGCGAGCUAGUAGUGCAUUAAACGAAAAUGGAGCUGAAGAAGAGGAGCUAUUUGGCAGAUUUGGUAGCACUGGUUCUGGGGUUCUUAGUACUACUGGUUCUGGAUCGAUGUCAAAUCUUGGACAGAGUCCUGGUUUGAAUAAUGGCCCCGUGCCUUUAUAUCCUUCAGGCACUGAUAAGAACUCGGGUGAAACUUGGUAUGAAGUGGGGCGCACACGGACAUAUACACCAACUGCUGAUGAUAUUGGACAUGUUCUAAGAUUUGAAUGCGUGUCUGUGGAUGCUGAAAAAAAGGUACCUGUUGGACCUCCAACUUCAAUUAUGACAUCCCGUGUGAUUCCAGCACCAACUCCAACUCCACGUCGCCUUAUCCAAGUGAAUGGAGAUGUUUUGAGUCACUUAGAUUUGGACAGCCAAACAUCUUUCGGGACAUUCUCAGUGCUGUCCUACAAUAUUCUUGCUGAUGCAUAUGCUACAAGUGACGCGUAUAGCUACUGCCCAACAUGGGCACUUUCUUGGACAUACAGAAGACAGAACUUGAUGCGUGAGAUUAUUGGUUAUCAUGCUGAUAUCAUCUGUCUUCAGGAGGUGCAACUGAACCACUUCGAAGAUUUUUUUUCACCCGAGCUUGAUAAACAUGGAUAUCAGGCACUUUACAAGAAAAGGACAACAGAGGUAUAUACUGGAGCUCCUCAUGCCAUCGAUGGCUGUGCCACCUUUUUCCGUAGAGACAAAUUUUCACACGUUAAAAAAUAUGAGGUUGAGUUCAAUAAGGCUGCACAAUCAUUGACAGACGCAAUUAUUCCCUCUACCCAAAGAAGAGUUGCUUUGAGUCGAUUGAUUAAGGAUAAUGUUGCACUGAUUGCGGUUUUAGAAGCUAAAUUCGGCAACCAUGGAACUGACAAUCCUGGCAAAAGGCAGCUUCUUUGUGUGGCAAAUACACACGUAAAUGUCCAUCAAGACCUCAAAGAUGUGAAGCUGUGGGAGGUUCAAACUCUCCUAAAAGGGUUGGAAAAAAUAGCUGUUAGUGCGGACAUUCCAAUGUUGGUCUGUGGGGAUUUCAAUUCAGUCCCUGGGAGUUCUCCACAUGGACUUCUUGCUAUGGGCAAAGUUGAUCAAUUGCAUCCAGAUCUGGCCAUAGAUCCCCUUGGAAUUUUACGCCCUGCGAGCAAGUUAACCCAUCAGCUUCCUCUGGUGAGUGCAUAUUCUUCAUUUGCAAGAAUGGUCGGUGUCGGCUAUGAUUUGGAGCACCAGCGGAGGAGGAUGGACCCUGCAACAAAUGAACCACUUUUCACAAACUGCACACGAGAUUUCACUGGAACGGUUGAUUACAUAUUUUACACAGCGGAUUCAUUGUCAGUGGAGUCGUUGUUGGAACUUUUGGAUGAGGAAAGUUUAAGAAAAGACACGGCCCUUCCUUCUCCUGAAUGGUCUUCGGAUCAUAUAGCACUCUUGGCAGAAUUCCGGUGCAAGCCUAGAAUCAGACGGUGACACCUUAGGUCGCGAAUAGAUGGUUAACUUCAGCACCCAUGCGGUGGAACAUUCUUCCAUGGUGUGUGGGACUUGAGGAGGGAUGGACGAAAGCGGAUCCUCGGGGAAGGACCACCAGCACCAGCAGGCUUAGGGUAGUGGCCUCAUGAAAGGGAGGCUUGUAAUGUUGAUUACCUCUUACAUUUCCAACUCAUGAUGUUUUUAAGCGGCCCCAUUGUAAUAUCACUUUCUAUAGAAGGAAAGAUCUCCUGAGAGAGAGACAUUUUUAUGACAGAUUCAGAUGCCAUCAUGGCUAGGCCAUUUCAAAUUUUCAA